UUUCUGAUGCUAAAAAUAACACCUCCUCUUGUUCAGCACCUAAAGUCGAAGGAUAGCUCUGGCCUUUCAAUGGAAGAAAUUGCUAGAUUUGUUAGUGUUGUAUAAUAAUAUAGCCUAUCCUCAGGUUCCAUAUUUUUUUGAACGAUCGCAGUUGUGUUUAUUUAUUGAGAAAGACAGAAGUGGCGUCAAACAUGCGUAAAAAUCAACGCUGUCCAAGCACGGAACCACCGAGAAAGGAAUUAUCGCCGCUCAACUGAGGCCAAUCUUGAUUAUUUAUUUUUUUUUAAAUUAAGGAAACACAACAUAGCUAGCUAACGUUAGCUCUGUUGGUAGCCAAGUUAACGAUAUAUCCUCACGUUAAAGCAGAGUGGUUUGUUCAAGAUUGGAUCUACGUCGGUUCAGCAGCUGGAAAACCUAUAAGGAACAAUGGGCGCAUUCCUGGACAAGCCGAAAACAGAGAAACAUAGUGCCCACGGAGAGGGCAACGGGCUGCACUAUGGCCUGAGCUCCAUGCAGGGCUGGCGGGUGGAGAUGGAGGACGCCCACACAGCCGUGGUUGGCCUUCCUCACGGACUCACCGACUGGUCCUUCUUUGCCGUCUACGACGGUCACGCGGGCUCUCGGGUGGCCAACUACUGUUCUGCACACCUGCUGGAGCACAUCCUGUCAGGUGGGGCCGAGUUUGGUCCGGGGCCAAGCUCGGUGGAGGGCGUGAAGGACGGCAUCCGCUCUGGGUUCCUGAACAUUGACGAGUACAUGCGCAACUUUUCUGAUCUGCGGCAAGGGCUGGACCGCAGCGGAUCCACAGCUGUUUGUGUCUUGCUCAGCCCCACGCACCUCUACUUCAUUAACUGCGGCGACUCGCGGGCCGUGCUAAGUCGAGAUGGCAAGGUGGGCUUCUCUACUCAGGAUCACAAGCCCUGCAACCCCCGUGAGAAGGAGCGCAUACAGAAUGCCGGUGGCUCAGUGAUGAUCCAAAGGGUAAAUGGCUCUCUGGCUGUGUCCCGGGCUCUGGGGGACUAUGACUACAAAUGUGUGGACGGUAAGGGCCCCACAGAGCAGCUGGUGAGCCCUGAACCGGAGGUUUGUGUGCUAGAGCGGGCAACCGAAGGAGACGAGUUUGUGGUGCUGGCAUGCGACGGCAUCUGGGAUGUGAUGUCCAAUGAGGAGCUGUGCGAGUUUGUGCGCUCACGAUUGUUGGUCUGUGACGACCUGGAGAAGGUCUGUAACUCAGUGGUGGACACCUGCCUUCAUAAGGGGAGCAGAGAUAAUAUGAGCGUGGUGUUGGUAUGUUUUCCUGGGGCUCCCAAAAUCUCAGAGGAAGCUGUAAAGAAGGAAGAGGAAUUGGAUAAAUUUCUAGAAACCCGUGUUGAAGAGCUUCUGGGAAACUGUGGGGAGACAGGAGCCCCUGACCUGGUGUCUGUCCUAAGGAGCAUCGCCUCAGAGAACAUCCCCAACCUUCCACCUGGUGGAGGCCUGGCCAGCAAACGGAGUGUGAUUGAAGCAGUGUACAACAGGCUGAAUCCUCACAGAGAAGAAGAAGCGGCCCCUUCGGGGGGAGAGGAGGAGAGUGAGGAGGGAGGUGGCAGCAUGUCAGCUCACCUGCUGGAAGCGCUGCGACAGUUCCGCCUGCACCAUCGGGGGCAGUACCGCGCGGUGCUGGAAGAGUCCCUGGCUACCUACCACCUGCAGGGGGAGAGCUCUGUGAGGGAAGAAGGAGAGAGCGAUGACGAUGCUGAUGACCAGGAGCGGCCUGCCUCCCCUCCCUCCCCCCUUUCACCCCCUCCCUCCCCUGUCACAGGAGAGCCAGAGAGCAGUGAAGAUGGCUCCGCCCCCUAAGUCAGAUGUCUGCUCUGAAUAAACACCCACCCACCGUUCACUCAUGCCAUUCCAGUUCUAUCAGAUGUGCUGUGAUUUUCUUCUUGUUUCCCUCAUUAACAGAACUUGAAUGGACACUCUGGCCAUCACUCAUUUAUGAAAAUUUAGACAAAUGGCCUUUGUUUUUUCAAAUUCUGUCCCUGAAGCGUUAUACCCUCCACUUAUAGCGAGAAUUUGUUUAUGUCCACUUUGGUUUAGAUUUCCAAACAAGUUAGCCACUUCUGCCGUUUUAUGCUUUAAGCCUUAGUCACAACUGCCCUUACGGGUCGAAGCCGUCUGUCUGCGGGUAAAAAAUGGGCAAACCUUUAUGAGGUAUGCAGGUGGAAAGCACAAAAUCUCAGAUGAUUCCGCAGAGCCAAAAUGUUCAUUUCAUCUACGGGCAUGCUGCGGGGGACGCACUUAUACAUCAUGUAAGCGUGAAGUAGGUGAGAAGCAAGCACGUUAUUUUUUUUUUCAGUUCCCCAAACCUUGCACACUGCUUAAGAGGACUGAAAAUGCUGUUCAAGUGAUAAGUGUGCACUCCUUGUGCACACUCUUAAGGUCAAAUCCGAAUUCUUCCCCUACCCCUACAGCUUCUCCCUACCCCUACAUUUAGCCCUCCAAACAGGGAGUUAUGGAAAAUAGUGUCUUCACAUUGGGCUGUUACUCCCUCUCAUGAUGCCAUCAAUAGUCGCCAGUCAGCUACGUUAGCACGGAGAUGCUAGCUCUCAGAAAUACAUAACAGCAGUUUUAUAACUUUAAAAAGGUCAUGCUAAAACAAAACAUCAUUACUUACAUUUAAAUGUAUACUUCUGUGCAUUGGAGCAAACUCGCAUGAAGAAAAGUGCUUCUCCUCCACGGCACAGCACAACGCAGAACACCCUCGCCCUCCAUCAUGAAGGUUAGCCCUUAAAAAACUAUUUGGGACAACCCUACCCCUCCAGUUGCCCCUACAUUCAGAGGGGUAGAAGCUAUUGGUGUAGGAGAAGAAUUUGGAUUCGGCCAAACUCAACCUGGCUGUUAGGAAUGAGGAAAAUGGACAAUUGGAAUAAACUGUAGUAUAGGUGUUCUAUGGGCACAUGUGUAUCACCUUCAUGUGGUUAGUAAGGAGCCAGGACGAACACCUUACAAACGACUAAAGCGCAACAAAAGGUUGCCGUAUGAUAGCAUCACCCCACGUCAUAAGUGUCUAACUUACAUUAUCCUUACAAAUACUUCACGAUACAUUUGCCACAUCCACAAUGAUGUGCUCCAUUCUCAUGACGUCCCAUAAGGUGGUUGUACCAUCCUCUAUGGAACUUCAGGACACACCUGCAAUUCCUUUAAGAUGUGGCCCCUCCUGUCUACGCCCCUCCACCCAAAACCUGUAUGGACUCAUGUGACUAAGGUCUUAAAUAUAACUCGCCAACGUGAACAUCCUGUUCUAAUACCAACAUUUUCCAGUAAACCCUCGUGGAUCACCCUUCACCCUGCACCUUCUCCUCUUCCUCCCUCACCCAAGCUUCACCCCAAAGCUGGCAGAGAACAGGAGUGGAGACACUGAACGUACUGCGUUGUCUCCAAGCCUCCUCCAUCUAAAGACUUUAGAAUGCUCCUCUUUGUGUAUGCGUGUGUCUGACCACGAGAACAAUCAACACUCCUCUUUUUUGUGUGUUUCUGUUGUGGUUGGUUGUUGUAUUCUGACGUUAACCCAUUUUUUUUGGUACUAAACCCUGUGAAUGGUUCCCCAACCAUCAGGACCCAUAAAGUUGCAGAACAGAUUCCUGGUUUUCUUUCAUUGAUGUUCUAGAAGUUUGUCAGUUAAGAUGUUCUUCACACAAACGAGGACAAACAUUCUAAUCCAAUCACAAAUGAGCACUUUUGAUUUUUUUGGGAUGUGAAAAAAGGAAGCGAAUAUCAGCAGAAUUUAAUCAUCUGCCUUCAUCUCGGAGCACGGUGGAGCUUCGGCCCAGGUGUUCUGAAGAAUUACGUUAAACUAUAGAGCACUUUUGCUUUGGUCUAAUAUAUUCAGUAGACUUUAGAAGGAUUUCAUGCCAAUAUGCAAGAUAGAGAUUUUUGUUGUGUAAUAUUCUUCACUUUUAUUGUUCUUUUCAUUUAUUUGAAAGUCAGCUGUGGAAAUGCCUUCAUCAGUAACACAACAUCCAUGUAUGAAUGUAACAGAGACUAGUCGCUAGUUUUACAGUCUUCUGACUGCUGUGACGUUCAAUAUUUUUUUGUUUAUAAACAAAAGUUUUAUUCAUCAACACUGAACUCCCAAUGUAAAGCACUUAGAACUCCACGGUGAGGUUUUACUAAGCACUGUACGUUUGCAUAUAUAUGACUUUAUUUGUCCUGCAAACAACAAAUAAAUAAAUAUUGAGGUA